AUGGCGUAUCUCUCCGACCAGGGUUUCUUUCUCGAUGGUCCCGCCCAACUCGAGGAGUGGGUCGACUUUGAUCAGUUCCUGAACCUGCCGGUGGCCUAUGGCGAUGAAUAUUCCGCCCUAGCUGCUACCGACGCAGUCCUGUCGGAGGCGAUGGUGCCUCAGGAUAGCGAGGCGUGGGCGGCUGCGCCGUUGGACUUCAGCCAAUCCGCAUUCGCCGACAUGAUCGACUUGGACAUGUCGCAAGACAGCUUCUUCGCCAGCUUGUCCCCGGAGAUGAACAUGAUGACCGACCUCAAUGUCCCUGUGGAUAACAGCAAUCUAUACACCCCCAUUUCCCACGAGACGCAAUUGGACUUCCGGCAAAUGGUCGAGGCGCAGGCCGCGGCCGACCCAAGGAUCACCUCCAUGAAGCAGAAGCGGCGUGAAGCCGGCAUAGAGUUGCAUCUGCAGCGGUUGUACGAUGCCACUGCCAGAGAGCUUGACUUGCGUUCGGAUUCCACCGCAAGCUUCUCAUCCCCCAUGUGGUCUGACUAUGCGCCUGGAAGCAUUUCACCCCAGUCUGCGAGCGCCAGCGCCAGCCCGAAAACUCCCUCCGUAUCCGCCCCGACUCCGGCGACUGGUGCUGGAGGGAUCGAGAUGGUUCUUGACCUGAAUAUGAAUGCUGCCGCCAAUCUGCCCAAGAAGCAGAAGCCACGCUCCCAAGCACAGAAGGAGAACUACAUCAAGGCUCGCAAGUACGGGGCAUGUGAGAAGCACAAGAAGCAACACAAACGAUGCAACUGCCUAGAAAAGGCCGGUGUUCACUUGGGCGCAAGUGAUGUCCCGCUGAAUAUUGCCUACAAACAGCGGUCACAACAACAAUCACAUUUGUCAGGGGAUCGCCUAGAUCUACAGGUCUCUGUCACUCCUGGACAUGAUAGGCAAUCAGCGCGACCUUCCCUUCAGGUUCCAGUCACGGUACAACCCAGCCAGCCACUGAAGGCGCUCAGUACCAACAAGCCUGGACACGAAAGAAAGUGUGUGGCAGCUGCUGUGGUGUCGCCCAGUCGUCCUACAGCGCAGCGCACAGAUUCAGUUUUGGGAGAUGGCUCACAACCCCGUGCAUCUGGUGUCUUGUCAGUGGCGAGUACUGGGGUUCAACCAAAUUUUGGAUCUCCGGCCAAGCAGCACAACCGUGGGGUAUCCAGACGCGCUCUCCAACACGUUGCACGGGUGGCCAUCACACCAGUCAGGGAAGCCGGUAAGAAUUCUGUCACGACAGGCCAAUCCGUCCCACGUUCGACUGAAGUCAUUGCUAAGUCUUUUACAGCAGCAAAAUAUCGGACAAGUUGCCAAUCGGGCACAUACGAUGCUACAAAUGUCUCGGUCCAGACAGGCUCAAAUGUUUCGUCCCCCCAAGAUGUCCGCGCCUCCUCAUCCAGUCCGCAGACCGUCAGUGUUUCCACUCGGCGGGCACCUGCUCAGCCGAACCUGCGCUGGCACGUGGCUGGAACGCCCGUCACAGCCAAAAUUUAUCUCCAACAAGGUGGCCACGAUCAGAGCAACCCGAUCCAGAGCGUCUUUACAGUUACCCCAAGUAUGGGCGUCCGACGUUCGCGGGAAACACUGUCUUCGCACCGCGCAGGAAGUCGCGUGUUGGCUAUGCCGCAGGAUUCCCUGCAGAGACGCGCUCUUCAGGUCCACUCACAACUUGGCCCGGAGGUUGGAAACCGUGGACGUAUCUCGAACAACCACCUGGAAAGUUCCAGGGUCGAGCUUCCAAAGUCCCGGAGAGCUCUCUCCACCAAUGCAAGUGUCCAGAUGGAAUUGUCUCCGCAAGACAAUCGCCCGUCGGCUUCUGCAAGCAAGCUUCGUCGAUCCCCCGACAUUCAAAUGGUGCCACUCCACGGCGUUGUCCGUACCGUUAUCACUCAAGCGGAUGCCUUCAUGGCACGCAUUGUGUCUACGGUUGCUGGCAUUGGGCUGUCGAGCGUAUCGUCGGCUUCGUGGCUCGAUCGGUCUGUUGGCCACUUCUUGUCAUCUCUGGGUGGCCGCUUGAUGGCCGCCAGAAUGAUACUUGGCCCGUUGCGUUCGCAGGUCUAG